CCGGAAAAAGUUUGUGAUCGAGUCUUGUUCUUGUCUAACUAGUUCUUGACUGUUGGAAAUUAAUAUAUAUACAUAUUUCGUUUACAAAAGGAAAUAAUGAGUACAAUAUUGAUGAUUGCCCUGCUCGGUUUGUUCGGUGUUGUGCUUGGUUUACCUGGUCCUACCAACGUUUCUAAGAAAGAUUUUGAUAAAACAAGGACUGUCAGCACACUUAAAGGUCAAAUCAACACCAUACACGGCAAUUUGAAACAACUUGAUGAAGAUAUACUUACAAUGAAAGAUGAUUCUAAAGAUUGUCAGGAGCUAAGAAUCAAAACCCCGAACCUUUAUAAAUAUAAACUUUUGUCAAACAAUGGAAUUGUUAUUGGAAAUCCAGUUCGUGAUAGUAUUACGUUCAAAGUGAAAGCCGACAACGAUGCACACAUUGCUUUGAUGUCUUCAAAUAAUGAAAACGAUCCUCUUUAUGAGAUAGUAUUGGGUGGUUGGGGUAACACACAGUCGGUCAUCCGUGACAGGAAACAGGGCGGUCAUUUGGCAUUGCAUCGUGGACGAGUGCUCAAUUCAAAUGAAUAUAGGACAUUUACCAUUAAAUGGAACAAUGGACGUAUUAGAGUAGAAAACGAAUUGAAAAAGAAACUCAUGGAAUGGACUGAUACCACAAACCCAUAUAAAAUCAGAAAUGUUGGAGUUUCUACAGGAUGGGGUUCGACUGGUUAUUGGUCAUUUCCAUGUCCAGAUUGUCAGGGACCAAUAAUAAAAACCCCGAACCUUUAUAAAUACAUACUUCUGUCAGACAAUGGCAUUGAUAUGGGAAAUCCAGUUCGCGAAAGUAUUAGGUUCAAAGUUAAAGCCCACAACGAUGCACACGUUGCUUUGAUGUCUUCAGAUAAUGAAAACGAUCCUCUUUAUGAGAUAGUAUUGGGUGGUUGGGGUAACUCACAGUCGGUCAUCCGUGACAGGAAACAGGGUGAUCAUUUGGCAUUGCAUCGUGGACGAGUGCUCAAUUCAAAUGAAUAUAGGACAUUUACCAUUACAUGGAACAAUGGACGUAUUAGAGUAGAAGACGAAUUGGAAAAGAAACUCAUGGAAUGCACUGAUACCACAAACCCAUAUACAAUCAGGAAUGUUGGAGUUUCUACAGGAUGGGGUUCGAUUGGAUUGUGGUCAUUCCCAUGUCCAGAUUGUCAGGGACCAAUAAUAAAAACCCCGAACCUUUAUAAAUACAUACUUCUGGCAGACAAUGGCAUUGAUAUGGGAAAUCCAGUUCGCGAAAGUAUUAGGUUCAAAGUUAAAGCCCACAACGAUGCACACGUUGCUUUGAUGUCUUCAAAUAAUGAAAACGAUCCUCUUUAUGAGAUAGUAUUGGGUGGUUGGGGUAACUCACAGUCGGUUAUCCGUGACAGGAAACAGGGUGGUCAUUUGGCAUUGCAUCGUGGACGAGUGCUCAAUUCAAAUGAAUAUAGGACAUUUACGAUUAAAUGGAGCAAUGGACGUAUUAGAGUAGAAGACGAAUUGGAAAAGAAACUCAUGGAAUGGACUGAUACAACAAACCCAUAUAAAAUCAUGAAUGUUGGAGUUUCUACAGGAUGGGGUUCGAUUGGAUUAUGGUCAUUCCCAUGUCCAGCUACUGAAACAUAGUAAGAAGAACCGGUAUGACACGACCACGAAAACUACUGUAGAAGAACUUUGAUAUCAGGAUCAUUUUUCACCGAACAUAAUCAGAUGUACAAAUUUGUUGAAGAAUAAUUUCUUUUGCAACAGUA